AUGUUUGUCAUUGUCCUGGUCAACUUAUUUCUGGCAUUUGUACAUUUCUUCAUGUCAUUUGCUUUACUCUAUGGAGCAGUAAAGGACGUUUUCAACGAGCAGCUAACCAUGUCUGUAGCUGAGUUUGUGAUGUCAUUGGCUGUAAAUGGAAUAUGUCUUGUCGUCGUGAUAUUCUUCUACUACAGGUUGGCAGGAAAGUUGACAUCGGACAAGCCAGCUCGCUGGCGUGGACGGCCAGACAGAGGACCUAGGCUACCACCUGGAUCACGCACAGUGAUUGUGAAUGAUCGUCAUCUUCGUGCACCACCCAGCAAGCCUCCUCCAUCCAAUUUGCCCCAAUGGCGAGAGGAGUGGCCAUCUGUACCAGAUGCACAACUUCAACGGAAGAUGCGGAGGAAAGAUAGAAGGAGUAGGAGUCAACCAAGAGUUACUUCACUUCAUAGGCAGGGAGAUGAGAGCAGUCUCGAUUUCUUUGCCCCUGAGCCCUACGACGAAGAAUUUCCUUGGAAAGCCAGAAAACUGGAAAAACAGAGACGGAAAGAACAAGCUAGGCCACAUACAGCUGCUGAAGCGAUCGAGAGAUUAUACUAUAACAAAUACCCUGAUGAUUUACCCGGCAUACCUCAUGGAAUGAGAAGUUCUUUGCGGAAAGACCGCAAGCGAGGCAAAAGCCCGGACAGAGUGACUUUCAGUAGAGCUGAGCCCGAAAUCAACUACAGGACACCACAAGACUCCGUAGUAUAG